AUGUCGUACGUUUCUGACUACUUGGCACUAUGGAGGGAUGCCCAUGGGUGUGGAGUGAAACACUACGAGGGCAUAAUGAGGUUGAUUGAUGGUUUACCGGCGCCUUGGAAUAGGUGGGCCGAUGAUGCCUCACGGCCAUACCUUUGGCAUAGGCUCCCCGACUAUAGUGUGCAAGGAGAUAUGCAUGGUUUCGUGAAAGUUCUUUUGGAAGCCCUAGUUGAUGCUCGUGACGGACCGCCGCCCUAUGCCCCACCUAGGAAGGAGGCAUCCUCAUCGAGUCUCAGCCCCUACAGCGGAGGUCGGUACGAGAGUGAAACACCGCAACCAAACUUUCCCAAGAGAAGGAGGAUGGGGAUGCGCACCUCCGCACCUCCGGCGACGGAAGUCCUUGUUGUCGAUAAGCAUAUCGACGUAGCUACCUAUGUGAGAGAGAACGAUGAGGAAGAGGAGAAGGAAGACCCUCUUGAAGAUGAGGAAGAACCUCUUGAAGAUGAGGAAGAUCCCAUGGAAGAAGAGGAUGACCCCGACGAGGAUGAAGAACCCCUUGAAAGGGAGAUUGAAGUCGAAAGCGAGGAAGGGGCGAAUGUUGAGAGAGCACCCGAGGAGUAA